UGAAGCGACUCGGAGGUCAACAGCGCUCUGGGUGUGUUUGACGUCUCAAUUCUAAUAUUUGGAAAAUAUUUCUUCCUUUGCCAGGCGAAAAGGAAGAUUACAGACGGUAUAUUUUUACAUGAACACCUGCGUGAGAAAAGUGUCUCCACCUGGAAUCACAGAGACGUAUCUGAGCUGGAAAACCAGCAUUGCUGAGGACAUUUGUGAUGGGCCACAAUCAUCUCCUACCUCAAAUGAAGAAGUUCAAACGGCUGGUGUACAUCAGUCCAUUCAUCUCCAUCCUCUUUCUCAUCCUGCUGCUGUGGUUCUACAGGCCUUUCAGGACCAUCCAGUCCUCAACCCAGUACUACCGGGAAACCACUAAGAUGCCAUUGCAGCUGAAAGUGACUCCACCAUCACAAAUAGCUCCUCAGGGACAAAAAUUGUCUCUUGUGGCGGUUAACGGGACCAAGACGGUGCUGGUGGCAGCUUAUCAGGAGCACCGCACAGAGAGAAAGGAGGUUCGUGUCAUUGCCGUGGUGCUGAGGAGCGAGAAGGUUGCCUAUCGCUGCAUCCUCCGUUGUCAGGAGAAACGACACAACUCUUCUGGUGUCAUCAACAUCCACAAGGAUCACUUUGACUUUGCGUACGGGACAGCAGACAUCAUGUGUCCUCUCCCCUCAGGCUGUGAGACCCCAUCUCAUAUCGCUGUGACCUCUGAUGCAGCUUUCUCCAAAGAUACACUCAUCGCCAACACGUUUUUAGAGGUGAAGAACCGGAAGGCGCCGAGUGACUCCUUUCCUUACAACUUCACCGUCUGCAUCUCCACCAUGUUUGAUUUCACCAAUGUGCUUCAGCUGGUCCAGAGUUUGGAAAUACUGAAGUUACUCGGGGUGAACCGAGUGGUCGUCUAUAAGACAAGCAGCAGCCCUGAAACGCAGAGCAUACUGGACUACUACACAAACAAAGGUUUUGUAGAGGUGAUUCCUUGGUCUCUGUCCAAAUUUGUGAAUGUAUCUCGAGGCUGGCUGCCCGAACACGGUCCAGGUGACAUCCACUACCUCGGCCAGAUUCCUGCUCUCAGUGACUGUGUUUACAGAUACAUGUACCAAUCCAGAUACGUGGCCCUGCAUGAUAUGGAUGAGCUGAUACUGCCCCAGUCAGUCAACAGUUGGUCGGAGCUGUUGCCUCUGCUGGAAAACAAAUAUGGCGCUGACCGGUGUUACAUGUUUGAGAAUAACGUGUUCCCCAUCACCGUCACGCUGCGUCCCCCCACCUCGCAACCCCUGCCCCCGCAGGACUGCUGCCCCGGCUGGCACAAUGUGUCCGGGGUCAACAUCCUGGCUCACCUGUACCACGAACCCAUCAUCUCAGAGACCCACUACAGCAACUUCAAGAUCAUCGUCAACCCCCGGGCUGUGUUCUCCCCGACCGUCCACGGACUGCGGAGCUCAAAGAACGGCUGCUCCUGGGUCGACAGGGAUAUAGCACGGAUGUACCACACAAGAGCUCCGAGGCAAACCAAGCUGACACCAGACCAGCUGAUUUAUGACGGCCGACUGCUGAGCUACAGCGCCCGCCUCAUACCAAACGUCAAUGCGGUGUUCAAAGAGAGUUUUAAGAAACAAUAAAUACUCUGCUUUGAAAACUGCUUUGCACCUUCAGCAGAGUGAAGCUCAGAAAG